UGCUUAAAAUCCCACCGAGGCAUUGAGCUGCAACAGUGUCUGACAAUUCUCAGUGCCCGACUCUCCCGAUUCCUCGACGACGCCAUGGAAACAAGUGAUGCCAAUUGCGAGCCCGACGACGAGGGCGCGAGCGUCGUCGUCGUUCCUCCGAGUGCGGACAACUGUGAGGCUCCCGAAUCUUCGAAAGAGGGCGACAACGACGCGGCCGGCGACCGGAGUUCCGGCGACGCGGUCGCCAAAGGAAUAUCGUCGGUUCUGGUCUCCGUCAUCAGAGACUUCGAUUCCCGAGCUCAGGACACUCUGAAGAGCCAGGACCAUCUCUCCUCCUCCAUCGAUCGUCUCACGAGCGAGCUUGAUCGAUUGCUGGAAGAUGCGCCCUUGCCAUUCAUCAUGCAACACGCUGCCAGGAUCUCCAGCGUUAGAAAGAGAGUGUCAUCAAUGAAUGCGGUUUUAAGAUCUAUACAGCGGCGUGUGGACAACAUUGACCGUAUGCUAUCAACAGCCUCGCCCCCCGAGAAAACCACAGACGGAAUUUGACCAUUUUGAGAUCGCUGAUGCUUCUGAGUACUCUUUGGGGUCAAACAACAGGUAGGUAGAGCUGAAUCAACUUGUGCAUGGACAGCGUGAAGUUUGGGAGGUCAAAUUUUCCUAUCUAAUCCAGCAAGAUGAUUCAAAAGUUCAGAGAUUUGAGAAUCCCAAUUGCCUUCUCCACAGGAAAAGGUGCUUUCCGAGGUUGUUCAGCCUAAAUAUCAAGCAAACAAACGUUCUUUUACCUGAAAUUUUUGUAUGCCUUCAGAGCUCCUGCAUGCUGCAAAUUCCAUGUGGGUUCUGUUCAUAAGAGUGGCAGAUCAAUAGGGUAUGACAAGCUGGUAGACUCAGUCUAGCUGUUGGUGACAAUCCUGCUAGUUGUUCUUAUGAUUUUUUCAGAAAUGAUACUGCAAAGAUUGACACGGUUA